UUUCUCUCCCUAUGGGAGGGCGAGGAGGGCCCCCGUAGCCGCGCACUGCGCACCGAGUUCAUCAUAGACAGAGCGAUCUCCCUGACAGCUCCUCGUCGGUCUUGAACAGAGGCGGAAUCAUCCAGAUUCUGUCUAUCUCUCCGACUCUACAGUAGCGCGGUGUCGGUGUCAGCGAGCAUAGGAGGGAUAACGACAGUGCGUGACCUUCUCGCGUUCCUCGACCGGGGCGACUUGUCUCGAUCACCACACUCGUUCCAAUUCAUUGUGCUCUCAGACGCUCGCGAAACUUCUUACUAUUUCCUCUGUCUCACCCGCAGCUCUUCGACAAACGGCCUAUCUUCGAUUAUACCCUUUCCCCGACGUGAAUCUUUUCACCCCUCAAACGCGGAUCCGUUAACACCUCUACUCCUGGAGUCCCUCACCAAACGGAUUCUCUUCUUUUCCUCCCCUCCAAUCCGACCCUCCACGUUUUCCUCUUCCGCAAUCCUCAAAGCCUCGCCUGGCUCUGUCGUCACCGUCACACUGUGCGUGACGAUCGCGGGAAGUUUGCUAUUUGACUGUUUGCACGAGCGGAGCGAGAGAUAGGCGCGGUUACGAGGGAGAGAGGAAGCCACGGUGGAAGAAGAGGCGGUGGUUGAAGAGAAAGAGGAAGAGGACCUGUAGCCGAGAGACGGGGAAGGGGGAAGAUGGUCCGCGUGUGGGAGGAGUAGGAGGAUCCAGAGGGCAACUUUUCUUUUAUUUGAGCUUGACACUUCGCCGCGAGCGCACAUACACCGGAAGUACCGAGUAAGUCAUCAAGCCCUUCUCUCUCCUUCUGCCCGAUACAUCGAAAGAUUGACUGAUUUGUCUGGAUCUCGUUUUACCGACGGAAGCAGGUAAAAGAAGAGGAAGAUUAAAACGUGUUCGGAGGGUGAAAGAACGACACGAUGUUACCGGAUCUUCGGAUAGAUUUUGCCGAGAAGGGUGUCGUGAGCUACAAUUUCGGGGUGCAAAUCGGAUAAAGCAAUUGUCCAAAGGUAAUCUAUGUUAAAGUACUCAUUCGGCGCCGAAGAGAAUGCCAAAGACGAGACUAAAGCCGGUGCAACAAAGACUGUAGUGAUAGUGACCUCGACGAAACUUGGCGUACACUAAGUUACGAUUUUUUUCCACGUUUCGUUCUUGGAGAACCUCGACAGUAUUUUCCUCCAAAGAUAAGUGUAUCCAAAAAUGAAAUUUCACCAAGUCACUUAAAGCAAAUUUCACGUACUUAUCGACAAGCGCAACGGAGCUCUAAUGGGAACAUACGUGUAAGUGGUUCAUCCAAGCGAAGAGUGAUUACCAGACGAACGAGUCACGAAAAGGUGAUUACACGUCGAGAACGAACCUCGUCAUUCAGCGAGCAAGCGAGACGACGCAAUAAGCCGGCACGAGAGCCGGAAUCGUGACGCGUAUACGUUCGAUGAGUCGCCCGAUCGCCGCGGAAUAUUAUUGUCCCAGGGUAGUUUUCGAAACGCACCCUCGAAGCAGCAAAACUGGGAGCUCUCGAAUCGUACGGAACGUCAAAGGAGAAGCGCCGGUGCCCGGGGCGAGGAGGAGUUCUCGACGCGUGCCAGGCUGCUGAUCACAGGCACCGCGACGAGAAGAGUAGGAGAGGGACUGGAGAAUAUAGCGAGAGAAAGAGAAAGGCAAACGCGGAGGGAGCGAGAGAGAGAGAAAGAGAGAUAAAGGACGGGAGCAGCUUCAGCAUCAUCUCGAACGAGGGGUUCUUCCGUUCGGGUGCUAGGGGUGUGCAACCCUGGACGAAGGGUUGCACUCAACUCUUUUAAAGUGGGCAAACCGCGCAAAGAAGAGAAAACGUCCUCGGGGCGAUGACAGGAUGCCUCCGACUCGUACAGGACGUGCAUACGAGGGACCGCCAUCCAGGAUCGCCACCAGGAUCGGCCCGACCGUCGCCCUGCUGCUGAUUCUCCUCGAGCAUCGCCGGGCAACCUGCUUAAUGAGCAAUUCCGUGGAUGAUUGGGUGAGCGGCGCUGUCGUCUGUAAUGGCAUUCCAGGAUUGACGAAAGAGCAACGCGAGCUUUGCCACAGAAAUCCCGACGUUACCGUAGCCGCGAUGAAGGGGCUGCAAUUGGCCAUAUCCGAGUGUCAGCAUCAAUUCAUGUGGCACAGGUGGAACUGUUCGUCCCUCACACCCAGCAGCCGAACGCAACAGAGCAGUGUCCUUCUUCAACGAGGCUACAGGGAGACGGCGUUUGCCUACGCGAUUUCGGCAGCUGGUGUGGCGCACAACGUGGCUCGUGCCUGCAGCAUGGGCCGCCUGCUCUCCUGCAGCUGCGAUCCUUCGAGUUACAUGGAUAAAACGCCGACGAGUACCAGCGACGCCCAAUGGAAGUGGGGUGGUUGCUCUCACAACCUCGAAUACGGCAUAGAGUUCUCGAGACAGUUCCUAGACACGCGGGAGAAAGCCGGCGACAUACAGUCUACGGUGAAUCUACACAAUAAUCAUGCCGGUCGUCUGGCGUUGGCGAACAACAUGCAGAUGCGCUGCAAGUGCCACGGCAUGUCCGGGUCGUGUGAACUAAAGACCUGCUGGAAAAUCGUCCCGGAUUUCCGAGUAAUCGGCAAGACUCUGAAGGACCGUUUCAGAAACGCCGUAUUGGUGACGCAGAGCAAUCUGGGCAGCGUGAUACCGUCGAACAGGAUUCGAGGAUCGCGUCGAAAGCAAAGGCAAAAGAAGCAUCGCGGGGGUGGCCGCAAGAGGAAACCUCGGGAUCUCCCGAAACAACUUUACUAUUACCAGAAAUCGCCCAAUUUCUGCGAGCAAGACCCAACAAUCGACGUCGCCGGCACCGCGGGUCGUAGAUGCAACAAGACCAGCACCGGCGGGGAUGGAUGCGCCAGUCUAUGCUGCGGCAGAGGCUACAACGUGGUACGGCAGCGGCGAACGGAGCGGUGCGGAUGCAAGUUUCACUGGUGCUGCUUCGUGCAAUGUCAGAAUUGCACGGUGGAGGAGUGGAUCACGGUUUGCAAAUGAGACGGGAAUAAGGGAACGAAAAAGAAAACACGGAAGUCUAAGACUGACGGAGAUUGACGGAGAUUGACGCGAAUUUUUUCUCCCCUCCUUUCCGCGAUCGAGCCGACGAGAAAGAUGCGACGACGAAACAAACGUUGGUUCGAUAAGAAAUCGGCUCCGGAGAUGCGCGUCGAAGAUGCGCGCGACGAGGCUAUUUAUUCACGAGGAUCGAUCAAGGGGCACAUGUAAAAUUAAUAAUGCGGUUCUUAUUGGAAUCAAAAUUAUCAGGCACCAAUUUCUUCUCAACUAUUGCGAUUUCGGAGUACAUUAUCUGCUAACUUCGAAUCUCCGCGAAUGUACUAGGAAGCUAAUAAUCUUUGUUAACAAAACUAGAUCAAUUUCUACGAGGACCAAGGAGUCUUUAAAUGCGAUAAUUAUUAUUAUAGUUAUAAUUUAUUGUACAAUGCAAUUUUUUACUCGUCGAUGUAUUCGUCCUGUUUCAGGACAAACAUAUCGGCAAACUGCGUAGUCUUUAGAGCAGCGCAUUGAUUGCACUUUUCGAAAAUUUAUUUAUCUUGAACAUUCUCAGUGAGAAAGUGAAUUUUUAUGCGAAAUUUGUAUGUCAGCGAAGAGUUCAAUUUCGUGGAUUAUGCGUAAAUGAUUCUUGAUGUAGCAAGAAAAACAAACCAGGCGAAACUGACUGACAUAAAUCGUGUUCUACUGAACGUCGAUUAUGGAAAUUAUACCAAUCAUCUACGAAUGAUUGAAUUGGAUAGCGAAGAAACAUGAAUCAAUCGUAGAGAAUCCAAUCGCGCUCGAGAAGAGAUCCUGCGCAAACUACUCCGUAAUGGCGUGAGUAAUAUAAAAUGAUUCAUAGGCUAAGUAAACUUAUAAUUUAUUUAUAACAACUAUUUAAUUAAUAUUUAAUUUUAUAACUUCUACGUGAACUGUAAAACCUCCAGCACAGUAUUAUUAGACGAAAGGCGUGUUCCUGUUUGAGGGACACGAUUGUACACAAUUUAAUAAUGCGCGUACAAUAAAGAGAGUUCCUUCAAACGAUAUACCCGCAUCCAUUUUCAAGUGUAUGUAUGCCGAAUUGUU